AUGCUCUCCAACACCCUCCUCACAACCCUCCUCCUCUUCUCAGCGCAAACAACAACCACUUUCGCCCUUCCAACAAGAACCCUCUGCCAAUGCAAAAUCGUGCCAAACACCCAAUCAUCAUCAUCAACCUCAACCACCUCUUCACCAUAUGCCAUCGACUCGCCCUCAGCCGCCCACUGGGCCCCCGCCUCCCCCUCAGAAGACGACUCGGCCUCACCUUCGCCCAGUCCCUUGGCCAGCAGCACAAUCUGCUCAUCCCUCGCCUCGCAACUCUCGCAAUUCCAACACACCAACCCCGACCUCUACGCCCUGUACCUCCAACGCCCCCCUACGCGCUCCAUUGAUGAUUCAACCCCCGAAACCCCAAUCCCCACUUCAGUCCUGCUGAGCGCAACCGCCUCUGACGCCUCUUCCGCAAGCGCCAAUGGUCUGAAAAUCAUCUGCUACGAAGACGCCUCCACACCAGACACCCAAACUCCCCUCCGCGACAUCCAAUCCUCCCCCUUGACCCUCCUCAUCCUCCAACUCAUCGUCGUCCUCUCCAUCGUCGCCUGCAUCGCAGAAGCCCUGCACAUGCUCAAGAACUUCAUCUCCCCACCCCCAACACCAGAACACAACCUCCGUCUCGCAGGCGCGGAAAAACGUCUCCUAGCUAUCCCAUCUCACCCCUACGACAGCGCUGCAAACGCAAUGGCGAGUCCCGGUGCUGAAAAGAAACUCCGUGCCUAUUAUGAGACGCCCCGCUAUUUUGUGGCAAAGGGACGGAGUGGAAGAACAGAGUUUAUUGCGUAUGAUGAUGAUAGUGAUGAUGAGAUUAAUCGGCCUGUUUUGUAA